AUGGUUCCAAAGCUUCAAAGCCGGAAACUCGAAGAUGGGCCUCGCUCUGAUCGACCGACUGCAAUAUGGUUCGACGAACUGAAGAAUCUGCAUCCAUAUGAAGGUGUGCGGUAUUUUGCUGCCAGCCUUGGCUGUCCGUUGCCCAUCGUGAGCGGUGGACUGCGAUCUCUGGGAAUGGUGAAAAAGCUCGGUCACUGGCUCCCACAUGCAUUGAGCGACGGCAACCGCCAAAGACGCCUGGAUAUCUGCACUCAGCUGCUCUCCAGAAGCCGCAGAUUCGACUGGCUAGACACCAUUGUCACUGGAGAUGAAAAAUGGGUCCUCUACGUCAACCACACCCACAAACGUGCGUUGUGCGCUGACGAUGAAAUGCCGGAUCCUUUCAUGAAAGGUGAAAUCCAUGGUGAAGAAGGUCUAGUGGGGAGUUCAUGGAAUCUACCGUUUCGAACUGCUGCCGGACAACACGAUAAUUACUGCCGAGGUCUACUGCGCUCAACUGCAAAGACUGGCCGACAAUAUCCGCAAGGAGCACCCGAAGCUCGACAACGUCCGCCUGCUGCACGAUAA